CGGCAUCUAACCAACAUGAAGUUUGUAAUCCUCGCCUGUGUUGCCGCCGUGGCCUUCGCUGCUCCCCAGUACAGCUCAAGCGAAGAGGUUGAGUUUGUACCAAUCCUUAGGGACGACCGAGUCCAAGAGGAUGACGGAACAUACAGCCUCGACUUCGAAGCUGGCAAUGGCAUCCGCGUCUCCCAGUCUGGAUCCCCCGACGGUGAUGAGGACGCUGUAAUCAUGGCUGGAGAAUACUCUUACACCGCUCCCGACGGCACUCCCGUUGUCGUCAAGUACGUGGCUGACGAGAACGGCUUCCAGCCCCAGUCCGACCUCCUGCCCGUGGCCCCCGAGUUCCCCCACCCGAUCCCUCAGUUCGUCCUCGACCAGAUCGCCUUCGCCGCCGAGGAGGACGCUGCCCGUGCCCGCGCUAAUUCUGAUGAACGCUACAACUAAAAAGCACCAAUGUUUAUAUAUAUAUAUAUUUCCAAAGAUGAAUUAUUUAUUGUAAAGUGAUAUAAACACUUAAAAUCU